ACUCCAGCCGUCAGAUUUUCCUUUCUUCUUGCUAAGCAUUUCGGAGGGGGGAGUCGGGAGAUCGCUCCUCAACCUUCGUCAAACCAAGUCAAGCUUCGUCGAUUGUUACAAGAUUCAUAGUGACUCCCGAGGGAGGGCGAGUUCUGUCCUCCCUCGUACUCAAUUUCGGAACGAUGCAGCAGUAGUCAGGCAAGUAAAGGCUCUGACGGAAACCCGUCUGAGGCCGGUCUCGAGGGCGCUUUUGUUGGACUGGAGGCGUCUCCUGACCUCUUCGGAUUUCCCGGAGCCUUUCCUGUUCUCGAUUACUAUACAGGGGACGAUCCAGGGGGGAUAGUUGGGGAGUGUCUUCCAGAUAUACGUCCGGAUGUACGUCCGGAUGCAUAUCCGGAGGUGUAUCCAGAUGCGUAUCCAGAUGUAUGUUCAGAUAUAUGUCCGGAUGCAUAUCCGGAUGUAUAUCUGGGAGGGGGAGGAGGUGAGAGUUGUGGAGAGUUGCAGGAUGAGUGGUCUGGCGUGCCGAUGCCUGGCCAGUUCCCAAUAUCGAACUGGUUGGCAGGGAGACUCAACGUCGCCCAUGGUGAUGACGAGUACAGCCUUACACCCGAGCAGCCUUUGGAAGCACAGUUCGCCAAUAUCAGCCAAAACGAACUGGACUUCGAUCCAAAUAUGGGCUCGGAUUUAGACCUGUCGUCACUGAACUUCAUCGAUCCCAGUGCUGGGCAGCCUUCCUUAUUAGAAGAGGAGCAGAGCGGACUAUCCACGGGCACGCGUUCAGAAAAGGGCUCAGCAGAACAUCUUACGGGACCGGAUUUCGUGUGCGGGACAUGUGACGUCUCCUUCGCUUCCCAGGGCAAGUUAAAUACACAUAAUAGACGUCACGAGAAAAACCAUCAUUGCACCCAAUGCGAAUGGUCUUUCUCAGAAGCACGAGACCUACGCCGCCACGUACAGUCGAUACACCAGCAGGAGUGGGACCAAUGUUCCCAGUGCGAGAGGAAGUUCAAACGACGGGGUGAUAACUUGCGGCGGCACAUGACGCAGUAUUGCAAGUAUAAAAAUAGAGACGCGGUUUAGGGGAUAGGGGAUGAAUUGGCCAGUCGUACAGGCACGCCGGAAAAUAAAUACGACGGCAAGGGUAUUUUUU